CAGGACUGACUUCCAUGAUGCUGAGAGGGGUUGCUCACGGUGCAAAAGAAACAUUCACGCUUCUGUUGACAAGAUCUCCGAGCUCUAACACAGGACUAAAGUUUUCAUCAGCAUGGCCUGACGUAGCAAACAGAAGCUUCUUAAUACAUUCCAAUUACACAACUGAUACCAAGUCAAGAGAGGAAAAUAAAAAAACCCUCGAGAAUCUCUACAGUUUGUCAGUUGACAUCACGAAGAUACGCAGACUGAAGGAAUGGGUCCUUCUCCAGGACGUGGCCUAUGUUAAAGAAAUUGCUGGCAUCUUACAGGAAAUGGGAGCAGAUGAGACCACUGUAGCCAGCAUUAUAGAACGCUGCCCCGAGGCAAUUCUCCACACCCCAGCAGAGAUAAACUCUCAAAGAGCUUUAUGGCAAUUAGUAUGCCAGAAUGAAAAACAGAUGAUUAAAUUAAUAGAGCAAUUUCCAGAGUCUUUUUUUACUACCGAGUAUCAGCAGAACCAGAAGGCAAACAUACUGUUUUUUCAAGAGCUGGGACUUAAGAAUAAUAUAAUCACCAGGUUCUUGACAAGUGCACCCAAUAUUUUCUACAACCCCGUUGAGAAAAACAAAAACGUGAUAGAGACAUUACAAAGAAAUUAUUUAAAUUUAGGGGGCUCUGAAGCAAAUAUGAAGAUCUGGAUACUAAAGCUAUUGAGCCAAAAUCCAUUUAUUUUAUUAAAUACUUCCACUGCAAUCCAGGAGAACUUGGAAUUUCUCCAAAAGAAUUAUUUCACUGACCAGGAAGUUCUACAGCUGCUGUCCAAACUUAAAGGCUUCAUUUUUCAACUUAAUUCUACCACUAUGCAGAAGAGUAUGCUUUUCUCCAAAAACAUCUUCAAGUGCAGUGAUCAAGAACUAAAACAACUAGUGCUGAAAUGCCCAGCCCUUCUCUACUAUUCUGUCACAGUUUUGGAAGAAAGACUUGAAGGACUACUGAAGGAAGGAAUUUCUAUAGCACAGAUAAGAGAGACACCAAUGGUGCUGGAAUUGACAACACAAAUUGUUCAGUAUCGAAUUAAAAAGCUCUCUGCAUUAGGAUAUGAUAUAAAGAGUGGAAAUCUAGAAAGCUUGAAUGGUACUAAAAAAGAUUUUGAAGUCACUUAUGGUAAGAUACAAUCAAAGAAGGAGAGACCAAUUUUUAAUCCUGUUGCUCCUCUACACGUUGAAGAUUAAUGUGAAUGCUGUACUUCAAGUUAUGCAAAAGCAAAUUAAAAGGCAAGUUGAUUAUUUGAGAAGAGAUAGAGCAAAAGCAAUCUUAAUCAAGACUGUAGUCUUACACUAUACUUUGUUCAGGAGGGGGUCUUAGGUACAACUUCAUUAUACAAUCACAGUAUUGUAAUACUUUAAAAUAUCAUCAUAAAAGUUACAGUUAUGAUAAAGGUUGCCUUUUCUAAGAGUAGCUCAGAUGUGACAUUUUCUUACCUGACAGGGCAUUAACUGCCUUAGAUUUUCAGCUCUGUCUGCACAGUCCAGCCUGUGGUAGUGAUUAGCACAAUUUUUAUCUGAGGAAGACAAAAGGAAGAUUAUUUUUCCAGCGGUGUUCAUCAAUCGGCUGGUUUGCUGUCUUCAGGAAACGCCCUUGGAGUUCUUUUCCUUAUUGCUGAAGUAGCUCUAGCUCCUGGAUCCUGACCUGCAACAGACUUGAUUUCUUGGACAGCAAAGCCCUGCCCUGAGAACAGGGGCUGGACAUAAUAUUUUUUAUUAACUGAGACCCUAGUAUCUUUGUGUACAAACCAUAAUGCAAAGAAACUAUAAGAUGAUAACAUUUAUAUUUCUGAGACUUCAAAAUUUACUUAUUUUUUCAAAUGGUGUAGGAGAGAAAGAAAUACAUUUAUUGCUAUUGUAUAGUUCUUAAUCCCUUCUAGCAAGGUUUGGCAACAAGAAAGAUUAAGGAGAGACUCAAGUCUCAAAUGAUGGUAGGAGAAAAGAGAAAGUUAUGCUUUUCUAUUAGGUGCAACAAAACUCUAAUCUGUAAACCACUGGUGAUUAAACAUGACUACCAGAUUUGCAAACAGCUGCAACAGUUUCUAAAUAUAUGGGUGACACUGCUUCUAAGAUAACACCAUAUGACAAUUGGUGACAAGUGCUGACUUUCAAAAUAGACAGCGUUUAAGUUCUCAGGGGAUUUGAUUUCUUCUCAUUUAUGGGCUGUGAAUGAUAAUAUAAAACAGUAGCAUCACUGACAAUCAUCUCAAUAGGAUUAGGAUCCGUGAUUUUAUUUCGCGGACUUUCCUAAGUAGCUAUUCCACACACAUUCCCUCUUGACAGCAGAAUAAAAGCCAGCUACACACCACCCUCA